AUGGCCUUCCAGAUUCGAGGGACGCCAAUUGGCGCCCUCACUCUAUUCAUCGCAAUGCUUGCCUCUAUGGGUGGUUUCCUUUUCGGCUGGGACACUGGUCAGAUCUCCGGUCUCCUCGAAAUGGAGGAUUUCCGUGCCCGCUUCGCUACCGUUGACUCUCCCGGCUCUGUUGGAGGAAAGACCUGGAAUCCAUGGAUCGAGGGCGUCGUCGUUUCGCUUCUCAGUGUCGGUACUGCCAUUGGCGUUCUCAUUGGUGCUCCCCUUGCUGAUAAGCUCGGACGACGUCGGGCCAUGGUUGUCGAGUGCAUCGUUUUCGACAUUGGCGUCAUCAUCCAGGUCACUUCCUUCACCGCUUGGUACCAGGUCGCCAUCGGCCGCUUGGUCACCGGAUUGGGAGUUGGAGCCUUGUCAGCUGCAGUUCCGCUCUACCAAUCCGAGACAGUGCCCCGACAGGUUCGUGGUGCGCUCGUUGGUACCUACCAGCUCUUUAUCACCUUGGGUAUUCUCUUAGCUUACUGCACAAACAUUGGCACCCGAGGCUAUGGAAACUCUGGUCAAUGGCGUGUUCCCAUCGCCCUCGGCAUCUUCUUCUCCUCGAUCCUUGCUGUCGGCAUUCUCUUCUGCCCCGAAUCGCCCCGAUGGCUUGCUGCUCGUGGCCGCAACGAAGAGGCUUACAGAUCGUGCGCUGCCGUUCGUGGUGCCGAGUAUGGCGAUGGCAACCCUUGGGUUGAGGCCGAGUACCGUGAGAUCAUCGCCGUUGUCAAGGCUGACGAGAGCCUGCAGGAAGCUGGCUGGAUCGACUGCUUCAACCCCCGCAACAAGACUCUCUACCGUACCCUCCUCGGUAUGACUCUCCAGGCUGGUCAGCAAUUCACCGGCGCCAACUAUUUUUUCUAUUUCGGUACUGCCAUCUUCAGGUCCGUUGGUCUCAGCGACUCGUUCGUAACUCAGAUCAUUCUCGGUGCUGUCAACUUUGGAUGCACUUUCCUCGGUCUCUACAUUCUCGAACGAUUCGGACGUAGGUGGCCUCUCAUUAUCGGUGCUGCUUGGCAAUCGUUCUGGCUUUUCGUCUUCGCCAUUGCCGGUGUUGUCGGUGGUCCUCGCCCCGAAGAGAUCUCAGAGGGUGUCGGCAAGCUCCUCAUUGUCUCAGCCUGUCUCUUCAUUCUCGGAUACGCUUCCACCUGGGCUCCCGGUAUCUGGAUUUGGAUCGGUGAGAGUUUCAGCUACCGCACUCGUGCCAAGCAGGCUUCGCUUUCCACCCUUGCCAACUGGAUCUCCAACUUCCUCAUCUCGUACUUCUCUUCGCCCAUCGCCAACACCAUCUACUUCUCCUACGGUUUCGUCUUUGCUGGCUGCAACUUGGCCAACUGCCUUAUUGCUUUCUUCUUCGUCUACGAGUCGUCUGACUUGACACUCGAAGACGUUGACGCCAUGUACAACGACCCCAACUGCAAGGCAUGGCACUCGACCAAGUGGGUCCCUGCUGGUUACACCUCGCGAGACCAGAUCAAGAAGAAGGAUGACACUCAGGCUACCGAGGUCGGCGAAUGGAGCAACUCUCCUUCGGCUCUCCCCGGCGAGCAGGAGAAGAACAAGACCAACCCUCUUCAGGUUGCCUAG